AUGAAGCUCCACCAUCUCCUUCCGGUUGCUGCAUUCGCUGCAGCAGCAAGCAUCUCACACGCUGAAUCACCCUCCCCGCUCUCUGAAUCAACCAUUUUCUUCCCACCUUCCGACUACAACAUCCCCAGAACGCUGUACGCCCGCAAUGAGCAACUCCCAAAUGGCGACCUUCUCGCCACAUGGGAAAAUUACUCCCCAGAACCACCUCUAGUGUACUUUCCCAUCUACCGCUCCAAAGACUUUGGCAAAACAUGGUCGGAAAUAUCUCAAGUCCAUGAUACCGUCAAUGGAUACGGGUUGCGAUACCAGCCGUUUCUCUAUUACCUCCCCGAGACCAUAGGUUCCUUUAGCGCUGGAACACUGCUGUUGGCUGGAAAUAGUAUUCCGACUAAUUUGUCUUCGACACAUAUUGAUCUGUAUGCGUCGCACGAUGAUGGGCUGACUUGGGAGUUCGUGAGCCAGAUUGCGGCUGGGGGAGAGGCUCUCCCGGAUAACGGGCUGACCCCAGUAUGGGAGCCGUUCUUGCUUGCUCACAAUGGCAAGUUGAUUUGCUAUUAUUCGGACCAGCGAGCCAAUACCACCCAUGGCCAGAAAUUGGUUCACCAGGUGUCGCCUGAUUUGACGACGUGGGGACCCGUUGUUAACGAUGUCGCAUAUCCAACAUACACUGAUCGACCGGGAAUGCCAAUCGUUACAAAGCUCCCCAACGGCCAAUACAUCUACUUCUACGAAUAUGGUUCAUUCUUCAACACCUCAAGCUACUCUUUCCCAUUAUACUUCCGCUUGUCAUCCAACCCCGAGGACUUUGCCUCCGCCGAGGGCCAUCAGCUGGUUGUAUCAAGCGGCACAGUUCCAACCUCUUCACCAUACGUCGUUUGGACACCGUACGGCGGCAAGAAUGGCACCAUCGUCGCUAGUUCCGGCACGCAGAGCACGCUCUUGAUCAACCAGGCACUCGGCGAGGGUGAGUGGACGGAAAUAUCAUCUCCAGAAUCCCAGAGCUACUCCAGAUCUCUAAGGGUCCUGUCCGAAGGGAACGGCAAAUAUUUACUCGUGAACGGUGCGGGUGUACUGUCGGGGACAAACAAUAGUGUGACAGUGAGCGUUAUGGACCUUGAAGAGGCUCUGUGA